AUGCUUGUAGAUGGACGUUGUAUCUCUCAAGGAUUAGGGAGGACAAGUAAAAAAUCCACCCAUCAGUGGACACCUACUGAAGAUGGAGUCUUAAUUAACAGCUGCAUUGAUCUUGUGAAUGAAAGAAGUUGGGGUAGAAAUAAUGGGACAUUCAAGCCUGGUUACUUGCAACAACUUGAGAAAUGGAUGAAAGAAAGGAUCCUAAAUUGCAACAUAAGGGCUAUCCCCCAUAUUAACUCUAGAAUGAGGUUGUUGAAGACGCAGUAUAGGGAAGUUGCUGAGAUGAUAUCGCAUUCCACUUCUGGAUUCGGUUGGGAUGAUGUUAAGAAAUGUGUUACUUGUGAUGAUGAUGUUUGGAUUGGUUGGGUGAAGAUUUACCCGGCUGCUGCAGGACUUAGAAACAAUCCUUUCCCUCACUUUGAUCAAUUAGCCAUUAUAUUUGGGAAGGAUAGAGCAAUUGGGGAAGGAGCAAAGUCACCAGCUGAUGCAGUGGAGAACAUAGAAACUGAGGAAGUUGCAUUUGCAACAACAAGGGUAGCUUCAGAAGCUUUCAAUGCAUUGACUAUUGAUGAAGAUGACAAUGGUGAUGAUGAUGUUUUCCUGCUCAAGCUACCAAUAGUGAGGGAUCUACUGCUGCUAGAAGAAGGACUAUAG